AUGGGAUUGCAAGACACGACCAACGGGACGACAAGUCCACAGAAAUCACAGCGUCGUACGGGUGAGCUCGUGUUUGAGUACAUUCCCAGCAUGAAGCGAACCUUCUUGACGCACGAAUAUGCAUCGUACCCGCUAAAGUUUCUUCACCCGUCGACGAUGGUGGCGCCCAACUUCCCCACCGCUGUUGCUUGCAUGUUGGGCUACGGGGGUGGAAUUGUCGGUGGGGACAGUACCCAUGUGGACAUCAAACUCGGCGACAAUGCCACUGUUGUGUUGGGCACCCAAGCCACGACGAAAGUGUACAAGCCCAAACCGUUAGCCCCUGCGACGCUGUCAACCCAACACCUCACAGUCCGCAUCGGCGCCGACAGCCUCUUCGUCCAUGUCCCUCAUCCCAUCACAUGCUUCCAAGGCGCACUGUACGCCCAGCACCAGCGCUUCUUCCUGCAUGCCACAUCAUCCCUCGUUUUGGUCGAUUGGAUGACUAGUGGCCGUCUAGCCUGUGGCGAGUCGUGGAGCUUUGCCUCCUUCGAAAGCUGCAACGAAGUGCGCUACGAAGUCGACAACGGUGAGGUGCUGGUUGUGCUUCUGGAUCGACUUCGCUUGCUCGACGAACCUCACGACCCGUUGGCCGCGCGUAUGGGAGGCAUGGCAGUCUUUGGCACAGUCGUCCUCAUCGGACCCAGGCUCCACUCCUUCGUCCAGCUGCUCCUCCAAGACACCGCACGCAAGUCGUUGGCACCCCACCAACCGCCCGUUCCCGCCGGUGCCACACAUGUCCAGAACGUCCGGGCUGCCGUGAGUCCGCUCACUCCCAGCCAUCCGUUGCUGACGUCGUCGUCGUCCUCCUCUGGGGCCAUCGUGCGGGUCGCCGGCACCACGACCGAAGCCACAUACGAGUACAUGCGUGCGCUGUUGCUUCCGCUCGAAAAUAUCGUCGGGGUGCGCUGCUUCGGCGAAAAUCGAUGA